GAGAUAUUUGCAUGCCAUGAUAACAAUAUCAUGGUUCGUUGAUUGAAAACGACUGAACAGGCUUGAUAUAGAGCUCACCAUCUCGAACAAGAGACAGAAACAUUGCAUUAUAACAUACAUUUGAGAUUAACCAGCCAAAAUGGGAGUCUCCGGAGGUACAAAAUGUCUGAAAUACUUGUUGUUCAUAUUCAACUUCUUCUUCUUCCUSCUUGGUGGUGUACUUAUUGGUAUAGGUGUCUGGGGAGAAGUGACACUUGGUCCGUAUGUUGAGUUAUCUAGUGUCAGUUAUAUAACUGGACCACGGAUUCUGAUUGCAGUCGGUGUUGCUAUUGCUGUCAUUGCCUUCUUUGGCUGUUGUGGUUCGUGGAAAGAAAACAAAUGCAUGCUGUCACUGUACCUUACAUUCUUGGUGAUUYUGCUUGCUUUGGAAAUUGCUGCAGUGGUUCUGACCUACCAAAAGCGCGAUGAGAUUGAAAAGGCGAUUGAAAAAGAUAUGAAGGAACAGAUCAAGCAGUAUCCUAAUAAAAACCUCAAACCCAUAAAUGACGUCCAGGAAAAGCUGAAGUGCUGUGGAUCAAAAGACUACAAUGAUUGGAAAACAAACAGCGAAUACAACAAUACUGCUGUACCAGACUCUUGCUGCAAGACGGUUAAACMGGACUGUGGGAAACCCAUUACCACAGCAAAUAUCAACACAGAGGGAUGUUACACAAAGCUGAUGGGAAAAAUUAACGACAAUCUAAAGCCCGCUGGAGCAAUAGCUAUAUCAAUGCUUUUUAUCCAGCUUGUUGGAAUAAUAUUUGCAGUAGUCCUCAUCUGGCGUAUCGAGUGAUACAAGGAAACAAAUCCAUUUUACUACUGAUAUCGAUUAAAUUGCACCAACUUCAAGUAUUAMAUAAACUUAAAAAAAUGCGYACGAGUGUGCAGCGAAUUUGAUUUUUGGACAUUYUAUGAAGUCAAGAGUGUCUCAAUAGGACCCCUUGCAAUUCAYGUGAAUGUAGCUUCAACUGCAGGACAAAACAAUGGCUUCUAGUUCCCAAGAGGGCAAAUAUCUUUUGUUUUGUCCUCCAGAUGAAACUGUUUUGACGUCACAUGGGCCUAUAAAAGGACAUACAACGARACAAGCAUGUGAAACUAUGACAAGUUUGUACACCCAAGUCUAGUAAUUCUUGCCGAUAAAAAUAAUCAUAAUCAUAAUUUGUUGUCGUAAUUUAUACAKUUGUUUUAGAAAAUCCUUAAUAAAUACUGAAUAGACCACUA